AUGAAUCAACUUAAGACACGAGGACAAUCGAGAAAGGAACCCGCAACAAGUCGUACCCUAUCUGUAGUAAACAAAGUGUGGCGUCUUGUAGCAGGGUUUUUAUUCUUGUGGUUUGCUUUGGAACGAAGGUAUCCAAGUGAUGAGAUAGUGGCUUACCGAAACAUGGCUUACUACUGUCUGCUGCUUUUCCUGACGACUUUAUCCAUAGCUACUUUGUUAUCUGCACAAGGAGACAAAAAGAACAGAGGAAAUAUAAAUAGCUUUCAAUGUACCUGCGUGGAAUACUGGCAGUGUAUAAGUGCCGGGGGUAAGCCUUAUUCCUACUGCGCUCAUAGCAAUAAGAUAUGCUGUUUCAUCGACCCUAACGCGGAGAUGGUGGGGAUUUUACCUAGGCCUAACAAAGUAGCUAACUGUGGGGAAAAGGGGGUUGACAAUGGCCGAGAAGGGUUUGCAGAGCCUGGAGAAUGGUCUUGGCAUGCUGCUUUACUGGAAAAACCCCGUGACGUGUAUGUUUGCGGAGCAUCAUUACUGGACGAAUACUGGGUUCUAACUGCAGCUCAUUGUGUUGAUAAUUAUCGGACGACAAGUCGCUUAAAGGUACGACUUGGAGAGUACGACGUGUCCACCACAAACGAACCUUUGCUGCAUGAGGAAUUCGAUGUGGAAAAGAUAGUCAUAUACCCACAGUUUGAUAAUGCAUCCUUGACUCACGAUAUUGCCUUGAUUCGAUUGGUCAAACCAGCCAAAAAGAAGCUUAAUAUUAACACUGUCUGUAUGCCAGACAGGAACUUUUCAGAUGAGAAACUUCUGAGUAACACCAGAUGUUUUAUUACUGGAUGGGGAAAAAGAAAAGAAGAUUCUGACCAUUCUCUUCUGUUGAAAGAGAUAAACGUUCCAGUAUGGAAACACAAAGACUGCGAGCGAGCGUUGAGGAAACAGUUUGGACCAAAUUUUACCUUACCCAAUACAACAAUAUGUGCUGGUACAGAGGGAAGGGACGCUUGUGACGGUGACGGAGGAGGACCUCUCAGCUGCGAGGAAAAGGGACACUGGUACCAAAUAGGUAUUGUUUCUUUUGGAAUAGGGUGUGGAAGACCUAACAUGCCAGGUGUCUACACACGAGUAGGGAGCUACAGAAACUGGAUUCAUGAGGUUGUUUUAAACUAA